AUGUCGUUGCCCUAUCCUUACUAUUUAGCCAAUCAAGAACAAAUUCGAUCCUGCAUGUCAGCUAUGGCGACACCGAGCAGUUCUGGUCUCAACAAUAACUUUUCCAUCGAAAAUAUCCUAUCCGCUCGUUUGCCCUUUCCUUUGCCACACGUCUCGAUGCCUCCUGAAAUGUUCCACCCCGGCCCCCACUGGCCUAUUGCGGCAUACCCGUUUCUCCAUCAUGGACUUAUGCCCACUCCAAUCAUGACAUCCUUUUUGCCUUCGUUCCAUUUUGGUGGCAAACGGAAACGUAGGCAUCGUACAAUUUUUUCAGAGGAACAGUUGCAAGUCUUGGAGGCAACAUUUACGGAAACCCACUAUCCCGAUGUCUCUCUACGUGAAAAAUUAGCUGUUCAGUGUGAUCUGAAAGAAGAACGGGUUGAGGUAUGGUUCAAGAAUCGCCGCGCUAAGGAACGUAAACAAAAACGAGAGACAGGAAAGGAAGGUGUAACGAAAAUCGUUGCAUCUGACGAGAGCGACUGCGACCUCAGCGAUGAGGACGAUUCGUCGCGAUCAAAGAGGGCGAAGAUCGAGCCCCUUGCAGAGGCGAAUCAAUCGCAAGCGUCGCCACCGCCAUCUAAGAAGGCAUCGCUUCCCUGA